AUGGAGCCAUUUCAGGUGCGCCUCAACUGCAUCGAUCAUUAUCAGGCGACUGCGUCGGAAUUAGAUCCUCCACUGCCUUUUCGCGAUAGCGGGCCUGAGAAAGAUUUCAAGCCCAAAGUGCCCGUGAUUCGAGUAUUUGGUGCCACCGAAACUGGCCAGCGCGUCUGCGUUCAUGUCCACGGCGCAUUUCCAUAUCUCUACAUUGAAUACAAUGGGUCACUCACACCAGAAGACGUGAACUCCGCAAUCCGAAGUCUUCAUCUCUCGAUCGACCAUGCCCUGGCCAUCAGCUUCCGUCGGAAUGCAUACGACAGGAGGACCGCUUUUGUGGCGCAUAUCACCCUGGUGAAGGGUGUUCCAUUUUAUGGGUACCACGUGGGAUGGCGGUUCUUCUUCAAGAUCUAUCUUUUGAACCCCUGGCAUAUGAAUCGCCUCGAGGACCUCCUGCACCAGGGUGCCGUGUUGAAACGACCACUCCAACCGUACGAGGCGCACAUGCAAUAUGUCCCGCAAUGGAUGUGUGAUUACAACUUGUACGGAUGCGCAAUCAUGAAUUGCAACAAUGUCAAGUUCCGAGCACCUCUACCUGAGUAUCUCGAACUCAGCAACCUCGACCAUCGCUGGCACGACCGCUCAAUCCGACCCGAGAGUAUUAUUCAGGACCCAGCGCUUCAGAAACAAAGCAAUUGUCUACUGGAGGCCGAUAUAUGCGUGCAAGACAUCUUGAACCGAUUUGAUACCAAAGAACGACCACUGCAUCAUGAUUUCACAGAGCUUUUGAAACCGGUUGCAUUCAACGAGCGACUUGUUCCGAGCAUGGCUGGAUUAUGGCAGGAUGAAACUCGCAGACGUCAGAAGAGGAUGGGCAUAAUUGAUCCCGGCAGUACUCCGUUUGGACCCGAAGAAUUGAUUUCAAUGUCAGCAGAUCCCAGAAAUCAAUCAAGGGGUGGCUGGAUACACGAGGAGGAAUUCCGGGAGCUGGCCUCGCAACUUGCUGCCAACGAGAAACGCGAGGAUGGCAAUAGAGAUAUUUCAUUUGAAACACUUCUGGAUAUUGAUGACCACGAGAAAAAUGUCAAGACAACUUUGGACAGUGUCGAAGACUUUUAUCCUGACAAGAUCGGUGUGUCUGGUUUUGAUAAAAGUCUCUACCAGGAACCAGCUGGACAGACUGCACCAGAGAUCUCGGUUGAUGAGAGCCUCGCUUUAUCCUCUCAAGCCGAUGGUCAGUAUCGUUCAGACGAUGGCAUUGGAGGCGAGUUUUCUGGCGAAGAAACAGAACACGAGCCCGACUUGAAGGAUGGGCCUUUAGGCGAUAGCUUCUAUGAUGGAGUUUUCGAUGAAUUUCCUCUUGCAGAUGUUGUGGUACCCGCAGACUCCGCCAAAUCAGAUGUCUUGAAAACAGCAUUCAAUGACACAUUCAAGGAAGGGUCUUCGACCGGAGUAGGCGGAUCUCACGAGAUGCGAACAAGAAACCACAGCCACAGCGGAACCGUCGCAUUCAAGAGGCAACGCUUCGAGAUCUUCGAGUCCGACAACCCCCCAAAUAAAAGGUCUAGGCCUAUAAUCAAUGGCGAAACGUACGGUGGUCGAGAGCGAAAGCACGAUGAGGACCAGAAGCAGCAAAGUGUCACAUUUGAGAACAAUCUUGAUGCGCCUACUGGAACUCCAUCGGAACCCAAGUCAUCUUCCUCGCAAAGAACAAUUCGCCCAAAAUCGCACAGUCAUAACGGCCGGCUGAAAUACCCGGUUGUCAAAGACCCAAAUGAUCCUUUGACCAUCAUGCGCUUUAGCCAGGACGAUGGCCAUGGUUCCCACAAGGGCUCCGAGGCCUCCCCACAAUUGCCCAGCUCGUUUCCUUCGGAAUCUGCUACUGACACUUCAAGCAAAGCCAGUGGAAUCGCGAGGUCUUCAGAGCUACGUUCCUCUUCAACUGCGAUGGGCCCAAUAUCACUUGAUCCACAUCUUGCCGAGGCCAUCAGAAACAUUCACAACGCAUUUAACCUUUCUCUAAGCACGUCUUUGAGUUUUUACAGAUUUGCAAGCCCAACUUCGAAAGAAGUUGUCUCGACGAUACAUAAUUAUGAACGCCCCUCCGUUGUAUACCAGAAAGCGUACUACAGCGAGGAAACUGAUGUUCCUGAACGACCUAGAGAAUACGGUGGCAGAGAGUUUCGGCUGGAGAGCAACACCAUUCACUACCUCCCUGACUUUGAGACUACAGCAGACGCUCCUGCGAUGUUCGGCGAACAGCUACCGACAACCCAUGACCGGGACCAGCAAGCUAAGACUGAUCAGCAACUCAGAGAAGAGUGCACUGCGAGAGUCUGGGAGUUUGCUCCUGUUCCGCCUAGCCGGUCAGAAGUCACCAAGUGGUUCGAGGAAAUGGAAGCCCUACAAGCAUCUAACCCAAGGGAGCCUGUUAAACACAGGCCUGUUGAAGAUAAACCAGAGGCCCUCUCGCAGAUCGAAGGCCCAACGCAGAAGAACCCGUAUGGCUUCAAAUACUCCCAGAAAGGAAAGUCCACCAGCGUCGAGCAUCAGACUCAAUACAUGAGCACGAUGAGCAUGGAAGUGCAUGUGAACACGCGCGGAACCCUCUUAGCCAAUCCAGAGGAAGAUGAGAUUACGUGCAUGUUCUGGUGCAUUCAGUCUGAUGAUGAUGACCUCGAGGUCAAUAGCCAUCUUCUCGGCGUUCAUGUUGGAAUGGUUUACCACGGCGAGGGAGAAAGGCCGGAAGGCAAAAUAUCCAAAGUGCUGACCAUUGACGCUGAGCAUGAGCCGACCGAACUAGAUUUAAUAAACCGACUGAUUGACAUUGUUCGGUACCAUGAUCCGGACAUCCUCACAGGUUACGAAGUUCACAACGCCUCAUGGGGUUAUGUGAUAGAACGGGCUCGUAAAAUGUACGACUUUGAUAUUUGCGAGGAGCUGUCCAGGACGAAAUCUCAAUCCCACGGAAGAUUUGGCAAAGAGGCAAAUAAAUGGGGAUUCGACCAUUCAUCUUCUAUUACUAUCACUGGUCGACAUAUGUUCAACAUUUGGCGCGCUAUGAAAGGCGAGUUGAAUUUGCUGCAGUAUACCAUGGAGAAUGUUGUCUUUCAUCUCCUGCAUCGCCGUAUCCCCCACUAUUCUCCUCGAGACCUGACGCAGUGGCACCAGAGCGGGAGGCCUCGCAACCUACUCAAACUAAUUGAUUACUUUAUCUCACGUGUGCAGCUGAACCUGGAAAUCCUUGAGGGUAACGAGUUGACACCACGAACGAGUGAGCAAGCGAGAUUGCUAGGUAUCGACUUUGCUUCGGUGAUGUCUCGAGGCUCACAGUUCAAAGUUGAGUCCUUGAUGUUCAGGAUUGCAAAACCAGAGAACUUUUUACUUGUUUCACCGAGUAAGAAGCAGGUCGGGCAACAGAAUGCGUUGGAAUGCUUGCCACUUGUUAUGGAACCACAAAGUGAUUUUUACACUAGCCCACUUCUAGUGCUUGACUUCCAGUCACUCUACCCGAGUGUCAUGAUCGCCUACAAUUACUGCUAUUCGACGUUCCUCGGCAGAGCAGCACUUUGGCGUGGAAGGGACAAGAUGGGCAUCCUGGACUACCAGCGACAGCCCAGGCUUCUAGAGUUGCUCAAAGACAAGAUCAAUAUUGCACCGAAUGGUAUGAUGUAUGCGAAACAGGAAGCACGUCAAUCAUUAUUGGCCAAGAUGCUCUCAGAGAUCCUCGAGACUCGACUGAUGGUCAAGAAUGGCAUGAAGGCCGACAAAGAUGAUAAAGUAUUGCAACGACUUUUGAACAACAGACAGUUGGCACUCAAGCUCAUUGCCAAUGUGACGUAUGGUUAUACAUCUGCUUCGUUCUCUGGACGAAUGCCCUGUUCAGAAAUUGCAGACAGCAUUGUUCAAACUGGGCGAGAAACACUGGAGAAAGCCAUCGCCUUUAUUCACUCGGUCGAACGCUGGGGCGCCGAGGUGGUUUACGGCGACACAGACAGUCUAUUCGUCUACCUGAAAGGCCGCACCCGAGACCAAGCCUUCGACAUUGGCGAAGAAAUCGCGCAAGCAGUCACAGAUAUGAACCCACGACCAGUAAAACUCAAAUUCGAAAAGGUCUACCACCCAUGUUUACUGCUAGCCAAAAAGCGCUACGUCGGCUUCAAGUAUGAAUACCGCACACAAACAAAGCCCGAAUUCGACGCAAAAGGCAUCGAAACUGUCCGACGCGACGGCACACCUGCGGAGCAAAAGAUCGAAGAAAAGGCUCUGAAAAUCCUCUUCCGCACAGCAGAUCUCAGCCAAGUCAAAUCCUAUUUCCAGCGCCAGUGCGCCAAGAUAAUGCAAGGCCGCGUCUCCAUUCAAGACUUCUGCUUCGCGAAAGAAGUCCGUCUUGGCACAUACAGUGACCGCGGUCAACUCCCUGCCGGCGCAAUGCUCAGCACAAAACGCAUGUUGGAAGACCCGCGCUCGGAGCCACAGACCCACGAACGAGUGCCCUAUGUUGUUGUCACCGGUGCACCGGGAUCAAGACUCAUUGACCGCUGCGUUGCGCCUCAGACUCUCCUACACGACGCACAGCUGGAGCUAGAUACGGAGUAUUACAUCACUAAGAACCUCAUUCCGCCAUUAGAACGAAUCUUCAAUCUCGUCGGCGCUAAUGUCCGUCAGUGGUACGAUGAGAUGCCGAAAGUACAGCGAAUCCGGCGUGUCGAUGCGUCGGCCCUUUCAAGACCAAACCCGAACCCGAACGCUGGUUUCUUUGGUGCAUCAACUCGGAAGACGCUUGAAUCUUACAUGCGGUCGUCCUCAUGUGUUAUCUGCAAAGCUCGACUGUCUGAUACUACCGUUCCAGUCUGCGGGGAUUGUCUCAAACAGCCGCACCUUUCGCUUUUGGAUGUUGUUUCACGGUUACAGAGGGCCGAGAAACGGGUGGUUGAUUUGGAGGCUGUUUGUCGCUCUUGUAUGGGUGUCACUCCUGCCGAUGAGGUUAGCUGUGAUAGCAUGGAUUGUCCGGUCUUUUAUUCGCGGACGAGAGAUGCUGCUAAUUUGAGGCAUUCUCAGGCUGUUUUGGAGCCUGUUGUUGAGUUGUUGGAGCAGAAGGGGGAUGAAGGGUUGGAUUGGUAG